CGUGGCCGGGCGCGCUGCUGGUGUUGGCUGCCGCACUCGGGUUGUCUCUUGCAGCGUCGCCGCUGUCGUGUGAAUCUGCGUUAGAGAUUGGGCGAUGCAGCGGCUGUUGCUACUAAUACAGUAUGCUUGCAUGUUUCCUUCUCGCACUGCUGCCGUCUGAAUGCUCCAUGAGAUCUGUCAGUGCAGGCACUGGUGCGGCUGCCCCCGUCACCACGUCCUCUCCUCCUGGGCUGGGCACGAGCCUGUAAUGAUCCCCGGCUUCCUUCGGACUGUUUAAGCAACGAGGAGAAAAGGGGAGCUUAAUGGAAGCGAUGUCCCCACAACAGGAUCACGUCGGGCAGGGACGCUCUUCCUCCCUGACCGGGGGAUCCCGAGGAUCUUCAGCUUCCGACAGCAAGAAGAAAAUGAAGAGCUUGGCUCAAAGACGUCAGUCGGCACCAUCCUUAGUUUUCAGCAAAGCACUGAACAAGUCCAGAAUGAGUGCCAGGGAUGGCUGCUUCUCCCCUAUUAGUCCAGAGGCCUGUCCGCUGGUUCAGUCCUUCCUCUGCCCCACCAGAACACUCCUUCUGGAAGCCCAUGUACAACUAAAGGCGGGCCUGCAGACCCAGGAACGGCACCUUUUCCUCUUCACUGAUAUCCUUGUGGUAGCUAAGCCAAAAUCACAAUUGCAUUUCAAAUUGAAGAGCCAGGCACGUCUCUCUGAAAUGUGGACCGCAUCCUGCAUGGAAGAGGUCUGUGAGGGCAGCACUAAUCUGGAGAGGUCUUUUGUUUUAGGAUGGCCCACUACCAACUGUGUUGCUAGUUUCAGUUCCAUAGAACAGAAAGAGAAAUGGCUCACUUCCCUUGAAAGCCGAAUCAAGGAAGAGAAGGCAAAAGACUAUCCCAAGAGCAUUCCCCUGAAGAUCAUUGCAAAGGACAUUGGAAACUGUGCAUAUUCAAAAACCUUAACUGUAACCCACAUGGACACAGCAAAUAAUGUGAUUCUCUUGGCCUUGCAGCAGCUUGGAAUUAAUGGUUCUGAAAAGGAUUAUCAGCUAUGGGUGAAUUCUGGAAAAGAAGAUGCUCCAUAUCCCCUUAUUGGACAUGAAUAUCCGUUUGGAAUCAAAAUGAGCCACGUUCGUUACACUUUGCCUCAGAUGCAGGGAUCAAAGGAUUGUGUCUGCCCUCUGGACCUUCAGGGGGCCUUCCUGAUGGAACAGCUGCCCCGUGAGCUUCAGUGCCAGUUCAUUCUCAAGCCAAGUCGCCUGGCCACCAGCCAUCAGCUGAACGAGUUGAACCAAAAGCCAUUUAAAAGGAGAAGAUCCAUUAUAAAUUGGGCCUUCUGGCGAGGAGCAGGUUCUCCACUGGACAAUGCACAAUCAUCUCCAACAUCUCCCGUAUCAGGAAAGCUCUUUGGGCUUUCACUCCCAGCCAUUUGUGAGAAUGACAACUUGCCAAAACCAGUUUUGGAUAUGCUUUCCUUUCUCUAUCAAGAGGGGCCUUUCACUCGGGGCAUUUUCAGACGUUCAGCAAGUGCCAAAUCCUGCAGAGAGCUGAAGGAGAAGCUUGACUCAGGAGAUGAAGUGCACUUACUCUGCGAGUCCAUAUUUGUCACCGCUUCUGUGUUCAAGGAUUUUCUUCGUAAUAUCCCAGGCAGCAUUUUCUCAUCCCAGCUCUGUGAUCAGUGGGUUUCUUUAAUGGAUGAAGGGAACUGUGAAGAGAAAAUAAAAAGCAUCCACAGGUUACUGGAGCAGCUCCCCCGAGCCAAUGUGGUCCUGUUACGCUACCUUUUUGGAGUAUUGCACAGCAUAGAAAAGCAAUCUGAAGACAACCAGAUGACUGCAUUUAAUUUAGCAGUGUGCAUUGCUCCCAGCUUGCUCUGGCCCCCAGCUUCUGCAAGUCCUGGAACAGAAGGAGAAUUCACAAAGAAGGUUUCCGUCCUUGUACAAUUUCUAAUUGAAAAUUGCUGCAGGAUUUUUGGAGAGGAAAUCACUUCUGUCUUUGCAGAUAUAAUGCCCAAAAAUGAUGGAGAAGAUGGUUCAGAUCUGUCUUCCUUUCAUUUGAAUGACUCCUCCUAUGACAGUUUGGAAAAUGAGCUGAAUGAUUGCACAGACUCCUCAUUUAACAACCUCCUUAAAAACCGAGGUGAAGAGAAUAGGAGUAGGGAUUCUGUUCUGACCCUGAGUGACUGUGAUUUGGACCCACCUGAACCGGAUGACCCUCAGAUCAAAUUACCCGCCAAAUCUCAACCAGUGUCCAUUUCGGCUGGCUUCCAUCACAAAUCUCCAUCGCGGGAGCACUCUGAGAAUGAUUCUUUGUGCUCGGUCACAUCAGGCUAUUCAUCCACAGCCAUCUCAGAUGUUGUCAAGAGCUCAAGAAGACACAGGCGCUGUUCCGAACCCACCAUUGGCCUUCUUGCCUCUAAUUUUACACCACUCAGCGGGUUCCAUGAAAGUGCCGUGCGCAAAGCCAGCUGUGAUGCUGUUAUAUCCCAUACAGAUGAAGACUAUCUGAAGCAGCUUCGCUCACUCCAAGUGGAAGGCCAGAAGCUUAUGAAUCAGAGUCUAGUGAUGGGAAUAGAUGUGGGCAAGGAUGGCUCUGAAAGCAGCAGCGUGGAAAAGAAAAGUGUAUCUAAUCGCCUUCUCCCACCACCUCCGCUUAGGUUAAAUAUUUGCUCAAGGACUAGCUGUUCUAGUCUCUCAUCCCCUGGCACUUCUCCUUCAGGGUCUUCAAUGAGCUCACUUGAUAGCGCUUUUUCCCAGUUUUCGGACUACUCGGUGUUUACCCCAACCGAGACCUCCUCUCCUCUGGACUGUGCAUUUCACCCACAAAGGAAAUACGGAGAAGUUUCUCCUGAUUUUAACUCUUUCUCAGGUCCCAACUUGGGAUCAGGGGUUGGCUCUUUUCCUAACCAAGCAAGUGGUAGCGCAGUAUGUGUUAAGAAAGAGAGCCUGGAAUGGCCUCCUCAUAAAACACCCGUCACUCUCCAUCCCUGCACAUGGUUAAAAAGUGGAGCUUCCACCAUGAAAAAUUGGACUCUGCGGAAAAGAGAAAGAUCCUCCAAACAGGGAGAGAAAAAGAACAGUUCCAUUAAAAUAACUUUGGAGUCACCUGCAUCUCCUUUGGAUGUAUCCACAAGCAGCCUGUGUCGUGGGCAAGAGCAAGGAACGAGCAGCUGUUUUGCAGCAGAUGUUCCAGCUGUGUUGGUGGACCAGGAGAGCGGUUCUUCUCAGGGUAUCGGGCAGUUAAGCAACCUUCCCUUCUGUCAGAUGGAAGUCAAGGAUAAGCGGUUAAAGGCCUUAGAGCUUUUGGCAGAGCAAAGCAAAGAAGAGGAAGAAGAGGAAAGCUCUUCCUUUUCGCCUUCUCAUAAACCACAGUCACCUUUUCUUAAUCCAAGAACUGAUCACAAACCUGAGCCAGAUGCUGUCUUAAGCACUGCAUGUCAUUUGGUCACUGAGCAAAACUUAAACAGACGUGCACUGUCCACAGAGAUCACAGCCCAGCAAAUGGCAGAUUCCAAGAAUGAUAGCUCUUCAUUAAGCACAGGCACCAAGGUUGCGGAUGCAAACUCUGAAAGGGAAGUUUGUGCUGCCUCUUCAGACCUUACCAGAGUUCAGGAUGAGCUUUUGUUUCAGACCAAUUCAAAUAAGUGUUUCUCCAAAUCACCAAAAGGGACUGAUAAGAGCAAAACGGAAUGGCGGAAAAAGUUGUGCAGUGACUCUAAAUUUGAAGAGAUGGACCAAACCCUUUUCACAGAAGAAUCUUACGUUUGAAAAGCCAGUGUGAAAUAAUUUUAUUUUGAAUUUGUUUGGUUUAAUAAUCCCAGAAGGCUAUAUUCUCAUCAGGGACCUUUACUGUUUAUAGGAUUGCAGGAAUUACUUCGCCACAUAAAGGCAUGGAAUUUUGAAGAUGUUUUCUGAUGUCUAGGGAAGGUGAUACCAAGAACUUUAAAGUGGAACACUAGCAAAUACUUUUGUAUGUGCUUGCAAAACAGUUUUUCUCUAAACUAUCCCUCUAUGUUCUGAACAUUGUAAAGCUACGUUUUGUGUCUGCUGUGGUUUGGAUGUGGUGUGUGAGGUCAACCUGGGCCUCCAUAGCUAUGGUAUUGUAUUUCUGUUUUGAAGUUGAUGGUCCAUUUCAUUGUCCUCCAAAUAGAAAAGUUUUAACAUUUUUGUAUGUUUUAUGAGGCCAAUUGUGUAACAGUUCCAGUUGCUUUACUCUCAGAGCAAAAGAAGGUUUUUAAAUGAAGCAUAAAUCUUAACCCUUCUGUAUCUUUACAAUUCCAAGUGUUACAUUGGUCACCAUUUUGUGUUCUGUUUGGGUAUUUCAUUUUUCUUUCAGUUGUGAAUAGUUUCUUAAAUAUGAUUCUCUCCAAUGGCAUUACAUCUUGCUUGUGGUGGUGGUGUGCAGUCAGAACUUCUGUAAUUUUAUUACAUACCAUUGAAAUAAUCUUUAUUAUAAUAUAUUGAAAGUAAUGCAUUACCAUUACCUUCAAAAUGCUUCAAGAUUGUAUAUUGGUACAUUUUUGCUAUUGUAUAUGUUCUGAAAUAAAUGUGUAUUUUUGUACUUGAAGAAAAUGCUGCUAACUUUUUGGUUUUGGCACUGCUG